GAUUGAGCAGCCGGCUGAUUUUAAAAGAUAAAGAUAAGAAAUUUGAUAUCCGCAUGUGUGUACAUUAUCUGCCGAGCUGUGACAUUGAACAGCGUGUAAGGACGACAAACGCAAUGAGAGAGAGAGAGAGAGAGAGAGAGAGAGAGAGCUCCGUCGGCGCAGUACCGAGCGACUCCUCCGGUGAUCUCAGAGCGCUGCGUCUCUCCUCAACAAUCAAAAACUGAAUUUGCUGGAAGAAAGAGAUUUUCCAGCGCACAUCUCGGCGGCCGCUUCUGCUGAGGAGAAAGGAAACACGCGCUGAAUGAAUGAACGCAGACCGAAUGACGUUCCCAUCACCGGUUCGCGGGCUUUCACAGUGCAGCGUAAAGAAGAUGAAUUGAUGGUGUUUUCUGAGUGACAGAGGUGCAGAUGGGCUUCAGCAUGACUUGCCUCUGGAUUUUAACUUUGGCCAUCAUCGGUGUUCAUAGAGUGUUCAGCGGCCCGCGGUUUUCUCAGGAGCCAGCGGAUCAGUCUGUGGUGAUCGGGGAGAGAGUAGUUUUGUCCUGCGUGGUGUUUAACUACACCGGCAUUGUACAGUGGACCAAAGACGGACUGGCUCUUGGCAUCGGAGAAGAUCUGAGGGCAUGGCCACGGUACCGUGUUUUGCGUAUUUUGGAUGUUGGGCAGUAUAACCUAGAGAUCACAUCAGCAGACCUGACCGAUGACUCCCUGUACGAGUGUCAAGCCACUGAAGCUGCUCUGAGGUCCAGAAGAGCUAAACUCACUGUUCUGAUUCCUCCUGAAGGUCCUGUUAUCGAGGGCUCUCCAGAGAUCCUGCUGACAGCAGGAACCUCAUAUAACCUCACCUGUGUGUCUCGAGGAGCAAAGCCACUGUCAACAAUAGAAUGGUACAAAGAUGGGAUCAUAGUGGAGGGAGCCCAUACCAGCACUGAGGUGUUAGCGGACAGGAAGAGGGUGACCACAAAAAGUUUUCUGGAGAUCCAGCCAGUGGACACAGACACAGGACGAAAUUUCACCUGUGUAGCUUCAAACCUGGCCGCCCCACUGGGAAAGAGGGCCAACGUGACUCUCAACGUCCACCAUCCUCCUACAGUCAUCCUGUCUAUAGAGCCUCGCUCGGUUCUAGAAGGAGAGCGAGUUAAAUUUACCUGCCAGGCCACUGCCAACCCUCCCAUUAUGGGCUACAGGUGGGCUAAGGGGGGCGUGAUUCUGGACGGAGCGAGAGAAAGUGUGUUUGAGACGACAGCAGAUCACUCGUUCUUCACUGAGCCUGUGUCCUGUCUGGUCUUUAAUGCGGUGGGCAGCACUAACGUCAGUAUUUUGGUGGAUGUUCACUUUGGUCCAAUUUUGGUGGUGGAGCCGAGGCCUGUAACAGUGGAUGUUGACUCUGAUGUCAUACUCAACUGUAAAUGGUCAGGAAAUCCUCCGCUCACCCUCACAUGGACCAAGAAGGGCUCCAGUAUGGUCCUCAGUAAUAGUAAUCAGUUAUUCCUGAAGUCUGUGAGUCAGGCAGAUGCAGGACAGUACGUGUGUAAGGCCAUCGUUCCCAGAAUUGGUGUUGGAGAAACAGAAGUCACUCUUACAGUCAAUGGUCCUCCAAUCAUCUCGAGCGAGCUGGUCCAGUAUGCCGUGAGAGGAGAGAAGGGGGAGAUCAAGUGCUACAUAGCCAGCACCCCUCCACCGGACAAAAUCGUUUGGGCCUGGAAGGAGAACGUGUGGGAAAAAGAGAGAGGAACGUUGUUGGAGAGGUACACAGUGGAGCAGAGCCGCCCUGCGUCACAAGGGGGCGCCGUUCUGUCCACCCUCACCAUCAAUAAUGUCAUGGAGUCUGACUUCCAGUCCACCUACAACUGCACGGCAUGGAACGCCUUUGGACCAGGAACCAUGAUCAUCACGCUGGAGGAGACAGAUAUAGUGCCUGUAGGUGUGAUAGCAGGUGGAUCUGUUGGAUCUUCUAUUUUGCUUCUGCUCCUCCUGUUUGCUCUGAUAUUUUAUCUGUAUCGACAGCGCAAAGGCAGUCGUCGUGGAGUCACGCUGAAGCCAGACAUUAAGGUGGAAACGGUCAACAAGGAAACUCACAGUCUUGAGGAAGAGGCUGCCGGCGCCUCCACAGCUACACGAAUGGUAAAAGCUAUGUAUUCUUUUCUUCCCUCUGUCUCCCUCUCUCCCUCCACCCAGCCCUUCAAAGAUGACAUGGACCUGAAGCAGGACGUCCAGAGCGACACGGUGGAGCCCAAGGUGGAGGAGUAUGAGCCCAAGGACCCCACCAACGGCUACUACAACGUUCGAGCUACGACACAUGACGAGGUCCGCACCUCUACCCGCUCCCUGCUGUACCAGGAAUUUCGGCCACUGAAUCCCGCUUCAGUUUCGGCGACAGCCGGCGGCCCAGUGCCCAACAUUCACCCGGCACCCACAGGCCGUUACGAGCCCAGGCCAGCUUCCCGAAUGGCGCACAACACAUACACACAUUUUAACACCAUUGCCAGGGCAUCACAAAUCCAAGCCCCGCCCAACCCUGUGUCCAAGACCACAGACUAUUCCGGAGAACGUGGCCUGCUGGAAUCAACCAAUCCGCUGGCUUUUGACAGCUAUGCUUACUCAACAACACCUCAAUACAGGUUAGGCUUCGCCCCGCCUUUGGAGGCAGGACCAGCCUAUGAAAUGUAUCCUACGGGACAAGGGGCGGGGACGAGUCAAGACGCUAACACGGGAAAAUACCCCAGCUCCGCCCAAUUUCCAUAUUCAACUCCGCCCACAGAAUACUCUCAAAGACACACGCAGAGAAUGCAGACUCAUGUGUGAAACAGACACACUUGCCAACAACAA